CUGCAGUCUGUUUUGUCUGGGAAAACGAAGCAAAUGGGAAGUGUGGGACCGGGGAAACUAGAGAGCACCAAAAGAACGAUAUAUAUAAGACACGUGACGUACAGUUGCCGUGUACUACCUUGGUGCGGCGUGCAAUAAAACCGCGCGCCUCUCACCACAUUGAACAUUUCUAUUUAUCGGAUUAUUAAAGGUUAUGCAGUUGCAUCGACGCGACAUCUCCACUCUGCCUGACAUUGCCAGCAGUUAUCAGUGAUUUCAUUGAUUGAUAUCAGGAUUUCGUGUUGGCCUCCUUUUCUAGGACUACUCGUGUAUAAGGAGAACAAUGGACUAAACCUUUUCUUGAAUAGCUACUUUACAAGGGAAUACAUCUAAUUUGAAAGUUGGCGCCGAGUUUUCGUGGCUACAAAUUGUUGUUUGGUAGGGGAAAACUACUCAAUCUGUGUGAUGCUUCGGGUGUUAUAGGCGUGCAGCAAGACGAGCCUUUUAAUAGUUGAAUUUCCUAACUACUCUGAAUCGACCCGAACAUGUCUAAUACAAAGUUCAAAAAGGAUAAAGAAAUCAUUGCUGAUUACGAGAGUCAAGUUAAAGAGAUCCGUGCCCAGCUGGUGGAGCAGCAGAAAUGCCUGGACCAGCAGACAGAGAUGAGGGUGCAGCUCCUCCAGGACCUGCAGGACUUCUUCAGGAAGAAGUCCGAGAUUGAGAUGGAGUACUCCAGGAACCUGGAGAAACUGGCAGAGAGGUUCAUGGCUAAGACUCGGAGCACCAAGGACCACCAGCAGUACAAGAAGGACCAGAACCUGCUGUCCCCGGUUAACUGCUGGUACCUGUUGCUGAACCAGGUGAGGAGGGAGAGCAAGGACCACGCCACCCUCAGUGACAUCUACCUGAACAACGUCAUCAUGCGCUUCAUGCAGAUCAGCGAGGACUCCACACGCCUGCUCAAGAAGAGUAAGGAGAUAACGUUUCAGCUUCAGGAAGACUUGAUGAAGGUCCUCAACGAGCUUUACACUGUGAUGAAGACUUACCACAUGUACCACACGGAGAGCAUUAGUGCAGAGAGCAAGCUGAAGGAGGCGGAGAAGCAGGAGGAGAAGCAGAUCGGCCGGGCCGAGCCCGUCUUCAGCUAUCGCCUGGAAGACAAGCACCAGAGACGCAGCUCCGUCAAGAAGAUUGAGAAGAUGAAGGAAAAGCGCCAGGCCAAGUACUCGGAGAACAAGCUGAAGUCAAUCAAAGCACGGAACGAGUACCUGCUGACACUGGAGGCGACAAAUUCCUCCGUCUUCAAGUACUACAUCCACGACUUGUCUGACUUAAUUGACUGCUGUGAUCUGGGCUACCACGCCAGCCUGAACCGUGCCCUGAGGACCUACCUAUCGGCUGAGUACAACCUGGAGACAAGUCGCCACGAGGGCCUAGACAUCAUCGAGAACGCCGUGGACAGUCUGGACCCCCGCAGCGACCGCCAGCGCUUCAUGGAGUUGUACCCCACAGCCUUCUGCCCGCCCAUCAAGUUCCAGUUCCAGCCCCACAUGGGCGAUGAGGUGUGCCAGAUCGCGAUGCAGCCGCCGGUGAGCGGAGAGCUGAUGUUGAGGUUCCAGCAACUACAGUCCCGCCUGGCCACUCUGAACAUCGAGAACGAGGAGAUCAAGAAGACGUCAGAGGCCACCCUGACGACCAUCCAGGACAUGGUGACCAUCGAGGACUACGACGUAUCCGAGUGUUUCCACCACAGCCGCUCCACCGAGUCGGUGAAGUCCACCGUGUCUGAGACCUACCUCAGCAAGCCCAGCAUCGCCAAACGGAGGGCCAACCAGCAGGAGACAGAGCAAUUCUACUUCAUGAAAUUCCGGGAGUUUCUGGAGGGCAGCAAUCUCAUCUCCAAACUGCAGGCCAAGCACGACCUACUGAAGAGGACUCUGGGAGAAGGUCACCAAGGGGACUAUAUGACCACAAGGCCUCCCAAUGUGCCGCCCAAACCUCACAGUGGCACAAAUAGGAGGGCUAGGCCCCGCUCGGUCUUUAACGUUAAGUUGUUUAAUGGCAAUCUGGAGUCCUUUGUCAAGGACUCUGGACAAGCUAUUCCCCGUGUGGUGGAGAGCUGUGUUCGAUUCAUCAAUCUCUAUGGCCUUCAGCAUCAAGGGAUAUUCCGUGUGUCCGGGUCUCAGAUGGAAAUCAAUGACAUCAAGAACUCAUUCGAGAGAGGUAAGGACCCAUUGACAGAUGAAGAGAACAACCACGACAUCAACUCGGUUGCCGGGGUUCUUAAACUCUACUUCCGGGGCCUGGAGAAAUCCCUCUUGCCCAAGGAAAGAUUUAAUGACCUCCUCUCCUGCGUCAGAAUAGAGAACCUGUAUGAGCGGUCCCUUUACAUCCGUAAGAUUCUCCUGACCGCCGUGCCCAGAUCCAUCCUCAUCGUGAUGCGCUACCUUUUUGCCUUUCUCAAUCACCUGUCCCAGUACAGCGAUGAGAACAUGAUGGACCCCUAUAACCUGGCCAUCUGCUUCGGGCCCACCCUCAUGCCCACACCCAACAUCGAGGACCAGGUGUUGUGCCAGGCACACGUCAACGAGAUCAUCAAGACCAUCAUCAUCCACCACGAAACCAUCUUCCCCGACACCAAGGAGCUGGACGGGCCCGUCUAUGAGAAAUGCAUGGCCGGGGAAGACUACUGUGAGAGUCCCUACAGUGAGCAUGGGGCCAUAGAGGAGGUGGACAAUGAGGGAGGCACUGAGACGCAUACCAGUGAGGAUGAGGGCGAGCCCAUCGAAGCAAUUGCCAAGUUUGACUACGUGGGGCGUUCUGCCCGAGAGCUGUGCUUCAAGAAGGGUGCCUCCCUGCUGCUGUACCAGCGGGCAUCGGACGACUGGUGGGAGGGACGGCACAACGGCAUUGACGGCUUGGUACCUCACCAGUACAUCGUGGUGCAGGACAUGGAUGAUAAUUUCUCAGACACGCUUAGUCAGAAGGCUGACAGUGAGGCCAGCAGCGGCCAUGGAGCUGAGGACAAGUGUUCAGGAAAAGACAUUAGCUCUCCUACCGACACCAGGAUCACUGACGCCUACAUUGGCAGCAGGCAUAAGAAGAGGACGGAGCCCCCCUCCCGCCGCCCCCCGGCGCGCCCCAAUGAUGUCAACUGCAUGGUGCACCCCUCCCAGCAGACCCACGGUGGCCAGGCUCACACGCCUGAGAUGGGCUCCCCAGUUCUGGGUCACUCCUUCAGCCCCCGGGACCUGCUGCGGGGCCGUAACCACGGCCAGCUUCCCAUGGACAGCCCCGAGCACCGGCGCCGAACAGGCCACGGUAGCCUGACCAACAUCAGCCGCCACGAGUCACUGAAGAAGAUGGAGAGCCCGCCCAUUCGACGCUCCACAAGCUCGGGCCAGUACACAGCCGUGUUCCAGGACCCCCACCCGCAUGGUGGUGGCAAGCCCCUGGAUCCGGAGACCAUUGCACAGGACAUAGAGGAGACGAUGAACACGGCGCUGAACGAGCUGCGUGAGCUGGAGAGGCAGAGUUCGGCCAAGCACGCUCCCGAUGUUGUGCUGGACACCCUGGAGCAGAGGCAGUCGACCGGGGGUCCCACCCCAGCCAGCUCCAGCGAGUCCCUCAGCCCCCUCCACAACAUCCUUCUGAGGGCUCAGACCGGCGAGGCCGGGGGGCCCCCGAUGCGCCGCAGCACCAGCUCUUCCAGCGACACCAUGAGCACCUUCAAGCCGGUAGUGGUACCCCGUAUGGGGGUGCAGCUUAAGCCGCCUGCCCUGAGGCCCAAGCCCCUGGUGCUGCCCAAGACGGGCCCGGCUCACCCUCCCCCUGUACACCCUCCCCAAGACCCCCUAGACAAGUCGUGCACCAUGUGAACUUUGAACUCUGGGAUGGGAACAUGGACCAACAGGAAACUGGGAGAGGGUCUCUGACUACAUAUAGUAGCAAUAUGUUAUCAUUGUCUAUAAAUGAUAAUAAUAGUAACAAUAUUGUAUAAGACAGUAUAAGAACAGUCCAUUGCCUGGACAUUGAUGAUUCUGUUGUAAUUUGCUUUGUGAGAAAGAUGUGUUUUCUUGUGUCGAAGUUAACCAGUGUCCAGUAAGUUAACCACAUUUAUUAACAAUGAAAACAGGAACAUUCUCAGGUCUGCUAGACAGACUGAACUACCACAAGGAAAGGAGCAUGUUUCAGUGUGACUAACUAUCCAUGUGGAAAAUACUGUAGAAUCUGCUGAAAUGCCUAGCAUUGCUAGAUAAGUCAACUUUUUCUUCUUGAUCAUUACUGUAUACAGAACAACAAUUCACAAGGCUUCCUUUGAGGUUAGAGAAACUUGACUGGUAGUUUACAAAAACUAGAGAACUACAAAAGAAUGAACGCUAAAGAAACAAAAUAGUGCACGUUGCAAUUCUGUUUUGCUUACUACUCAGCCAGGGGAACUAUGGGAAAUGUAGUCCGUGUCAGUUGAACCUGACUAAGGUUUGCUUCUCACUUAGAUGGACAAUGCUUAGAUUUAGAGUACCACUCAGAAAUAUAAGCUGUCAAUAGUGAAAUUUCAAACCACCAUUUGAAAGCUGUUGGAAGUUUGGAUGUAGCUAAUGUUUAUAGCUGAGACUGAAGCAGGGAGGGCAAGAGUCCAGAUAUGUGUGUGAUCAUAAGGAUGCACUCUCACAUACAGUUUUGGCCAAAUAUAUUAGCACCCUUGCACUUUUCUUAAAUAAUUCCCUAUUUCUUCUCAAAUAAAUUGCAAUUGGAAAAAACCUUUGUUAUUGAAUUUUCAACAUUGCAGAACAUAUUUUAUUUUUAUAAACUUUAUUUUCUAAAUUAAAUUUGUAAACUUAAGACAAAUGGCCUGGGAAAAAUGAUUGGCACCCAGGAGCUAGUACUUGUGCAGUAGGGUUGCUUUGCUGCCUCUGGUACUGGGGCCUUGAAUGUGUGCAAGACAUCAUGAAUCAUGAAAUCAGCAGAUUAUCAAGGUAUUUUGGAGUUCAAUGUUCAACCCAGUGUCCAAAAAUGGUGUCUUUCUUUAAGGUUGUGGGUCUUCCAGCAGGACAACAUUUCAAAACACACGUCAAAAGCACCCUGAAAUGGUUCAAGAAGAAUCGCUGAACUGUUCUGGAGUGGCCAGCGAAGAGUUCAGAUCAGAAUCACAUCCAUAACCUAUGGAGGAAUCUGAAAGCAGCAGUUGGUGGAGGGCUCCCUCAAACAUUGAACAAUUAUAGCAGUUUGCUGCAGAAGAGUGGGCCAAAUUGCAAGUUGAAAGGUACAGCAAGCUCACUGAUGGCUCCAAGAAGCAUUUAUCUGAAGUUAUCUUGGCCAAAGGCCAUGUAACCAACUUCAAGCUCCAACUUCA